AUGUCCAAACCAACCAUCGUCUUCCUCGGCGCCACAGGCGGCUGCAUCAACGCCUGCCUCGCCCACACCCUACAGAAUGGCUACCACGCCAUCGCACUAGCCCGCACUCCAUCCAAGCUUAUAGCCCUCCUCCGCACUCAAAACAUAAACCAAGAGACUCUGGACUCCCGACUCCGUAUAAUAACCGGCGAUGCGACCGACCCAGAGGCCGUGAAGAACACAAUUCUCCUACAUCCAUCCUCUUCUACUCCAACCCUAGUCUCCCAUAUCAUCUCCGGCACCGGUGCCACUGGGCACCUUCGUGGCUGGGCAUUCGAAUUUGACCAGCCGCAUAUUUGCGAAGAAGCGACACGGGCGCUGCUCACAGCCCUGCGGGAUAUCUACAGCACAUACCCGGAGUUCCUACUCCAUUCGAACCUGACAAAUCGGCCGCUCCUCACCGUUCUCUCUGGUAUGGGCGUCGAUCCGAGCCAGAAGCAAAUGGAUGUGCCCUUCCUGUUGCGCCGGGUGUAUCAUGGGUUGCUGCAUGUGCCGCAUGCGGAUAAGUGGGCGAUGGAGGAGAUGUUGGCCGAGAGGGAGGCGAGGGAGUUGCUUCGGGGAGUGGUGAUCGUCAGGCCGGGGAGUUUGUUGACCGGGGAUCAUAUGCUGGGGUCUGGGUAUGGGGUUGAGAAGGUUCGUGUGGGCACGGAGAGGGAGAAGCCUGUAGUGGGAUGGACGAUUCCGAGGGCGGAUGUCGGCGAAUGGGUGUUUCGGGAGGUGGUGGUUGGGGGUGGGGAGCGGUGGGUGGAUGAGAAGGUGACGUUGACUUGUUGGUAG